AAAAAACUUUAUGUAUCCCUAAUAAGAAAAAGAAGAUGGAUGGCCACUGCCAGAAUCUUACAAAAUUACGACUAAUAUUAUUUAAGAUUAAAAUACCUAAUGUGAUAUCAAACUCAAAUUUCAUAGGAAGUACAUCAACUAAAAUGCCAAAAAUAAAAUCAUCCCAGCAAAAUAUUAGUAAUAGUGGAGAAGAAGAUAAGGAGCAUCCUUCUAAUUUUGAAUGUAAUAUAUGUCUAGAAACAGCAAAAGAUGCCGUUAUAAGUAUGUGUGGUCAUUUAUUUUGCUGGCCAUGCCUCUAUCAAUGGUUUGAAACUAAACCAUUCAAAACCGAAUGCCCUGUCUGUAAAGAUGCCCUGACCAAGGAAAAGGUUAUCCCAUUAUAUGGUAGAGGUGAUGGUUCUUCAACUUCAAGAACCAAAAAAAAUGAACGCAGCAAAGACCCUAGAACGAAAAUAUACCCCCCAAGGCCACCUGGACAAAGAACGUCGUAUUCUACAAGUAAUGGCUCAAACAGUUCGUCAAACACUUACUUUGAUUACUUCUUCUCUCCCUCUCAAAAUAACCUAUUUGCUAAUCAAUUCUUCAAUCAAAGUGGAUUAGGUGGCAUACACAUGUCAUUUGGUAUAGGCGCUUUCCCCUUUGGUUUUUUCAGUACCAUGUUUAAUUUUAGUAAUGGUGCUCAGACUCCAACUGGAAAUGUUCUCAACGGGACGGGGACUUCAGAAGAGAGAGAUAGUUUUGAUUCCAAUGUCAAAUCCCGCUUUCUUGACAGCCAAGAUAAUAUAAUUUUUGAUAAUUUUAUUGAUCAAUAUAAUUAUAAGUUAUAGUAUAAAUUACUUCCUUUUUUAACAUAAUAAUAUAUAUGACAAUAAUUUACAAUUUGUGGAAUGAUUUUUUUAAAAUUUCAAAUCAUAAUUAUAUAAAAUUUUGCAAUACAAAAUUUUUCCGACUAUUACAUAAAUUUGAGCUUAUUACCUUAGU